UUGAGUACAAAUGUAUUUUUUCAGGAGAAAUCGGACUCUUCAGAUGCAGGGAAAGAGUCCUCCUCGGAUGCAGGUGCUGAUGGACAAGAUGCAUCCUCCUCUUUAUCAUCCCAAGCUAAGGAUUCUGUUCCAGGUUAUGAAGAGAAAGUGCAAACAGACCGGACCAAUAGAUUUGAAUAUCUGUUGAAGCAAACAGAGUUGUUUGCUCAUUUCAUCCAACCGGCUGCUCAGAAGACCCCAACUUCCCCUCUGAAGAUGAAACCAGGACGUCCUCGCAUCAAAAAAGAUGAAAAACAGAACCUGCUGUCUGCUGGAGACAACCGGCAUCGUCGCACCGAGCAAGAGGAGGAUGAAGAACUCCUCAACGAGAGUACAAAGACCACUAACGUGUGCACUCGCUUUGAUGAUUCUCCAUCCUAUGUGAAAACAGGAAAAAUGAGGGACUACCAGGUCCGUGGUCUGAACUGGCUUAUUUCCUUGUAUGAGAAUGGAAUCAACGGCAUCCUUGCAGAUGAGAUGGGCCUGGGAAAGACUCUCCAAACCAUUGCUCUGCUGGGUUACAUGAAGCACUACAGAAAUAUCCCCGGUCCCCACAUGGUGCUAGUACCAAAGUCCACUCUUUACAAUUGGAUGAAUGAGUUCAAACGAUGGGUGCCCUCUCUCCGUGCCGUUUGCCUCAUUGGGGACAGAGAAGAGCGGACUGCUCUGAUCCGAGACGUGCUGCUGCCUGGAGAGUGGGACGUCUGCGUCACCUCCUACGAAAUGCUCAUCAUUGAGAAGGCCGUUUUCAAGAAGUUCAACUGGAGAUACCUGGUCAUUGACGAGGCUCACAGGAUCAAGAACGAAAAGUCAAAGCUCUCUGAGAUUGUGCGUGAGUUUAAAACCACAAAUCGACUGCUUCUGACGGGUACGCCUCUUCAGAACAAUCUCCAUGAGCUUUGGGCUCUGCUUAACUUCCUUCUGCCAGAUGUCUUCAAUUCAGCAGAGGAUUUUGAUUCUUGGUUUGACACAAACAACUGCCUGGGCGACCAGAAACUAGUUGAACGUCUUCACACGGUGCUGCGCCCAUUUUUGCUUCGUCGUAUCAAAGCUGAUGUGGAGAAGACUCUGCUGCCCAAAAAAGAGAUCAAGAUAUAUGUAGGCCUGAGCAAGAUGCAACGGGAGUGGUACACAAAGAUCCUGAUGAAGGACAUUGAUAUCCUGAACUCAGCAGGCAAAAUGGACAAGAUGCGUCUGCUGAACGUUCUCAUGCAGUUGAGGAAAUGCUGCAACCACCCAUACCUGUUUGACGGGGCUGAGCCAGGCCCGCCGUACACCACCGACCUCCAUCUGGUGGUGAACAGUGGCAAGAUGGCAGUCCUGGACAAGCUGCUGCCUAAAAUGAAGGAGCAGGGUUCCCGUGUGCUCAUCUUCAGUCAGAUGACCAGGAUGCUGGACAUCUUGGAGGACUACUGCAUGUGGAAGAACUACGAGUAUUGUCGGCUGGAUGGGCAGACGCCACACGAAGAGAGACAGAUCUCCAUCAAUGCAUACAAUGAACCCAACAGCUCCAAGUUUAUCUUCAUGUUGAGCACCAGGGCCGGUGGCCUGGGUAUUAACCUGGCCACAGCCGAUGUGGUCAUCCUCUACGACUCCGACUGGAACCCUCAAGUUGACCUGCAGGCUAUGGACCGAGCUCACAGGAUUGGUCAGCAGAAGCAGGUGCGGGUUUACCGUUUCAUUGUUGAAAACACGGUGGAGGAGAGAAUUGUGGAGAGGGCUGAGAUGAAACUGCGCCUGGACUCCAUUGUCAUUCAGCAAGGAAGACUGGUUGAUCCAAGUGCAAACAAGCUGGGCAAAGAUGAGAUGCUGUCCAUCAUCCGCCACGGCGCCACUCACGUGUUUGCCUCCAAAGAGAGCGAGAUCACAGACGACGACAUUGAUGCCAUUCUGGAACGUGGUGAAAGGAAGACUAUGGAGAUGAAGGAGAAGCUUUCUUCUCUGGGUGAAAGCACUCUAAGGAACUUCACCAUGGACACAGAGAACAGCAGUGUGUACACAUUUGAGGGAGAGGACUACAGAGAGAAGAAGAAGGUCAUUACAAACUGGAUCGAGCCACCAAAAAGAGAGCGCAAAGCCAAUUAUGCUGUGGAUGCCUACUUCAGAGAAGCUCUAAGAGUCAGCGAGCCCAAAGCGCCAAAGGCUCCUCGUCCCCCGAAGCAACCAAAUGUCCAAGACUUUCAGUUCUUCCCUCCACGUCUUUUUGAACUUCUAGAAAAGGAAAUUCUCUUCUACAGAAAGACCAUAGGCUACAAGGUUCCCCGCAACCCAGACCUGCCCAACUCAGCGCAGGUUCAGAAAGAGGAGCAGGCAAAGAUCGAUGAGGCUGAGGCUCUCACAGAGGAGGAGCUCGAGGAGAAGGAGAAUCUUCUGCAGCAGGGAUUCACAAUUUGGAACAAACGGGACUUUAACCAGUUUAUCAAAGCCAAUGAAAAGUGGGGAAGAGACGAUAUUGAGAACAUCGCCAGAGAAGUAGAAGGGAAAACUCCUGAGGAGGUCAUAGAAUAUUCAGCUGUUUUCUGGGAGCGUUGCAAUGAGUUGCAGGACAUUGAAAAGAUCAUGGCCCAGAUAGAGAGAGGAGAAGCCCGGAUUCAGAGAAGGAUCAGCAUCAAGAAAGCCUUGGACUCAAAGAUCGGCCGCUAUAAGGCUCCCUUCCAUCAACUCAGAAUCUCUUACGGCACUAACAAAGGCAAGAACUAUACAGAGGAGGAGGACCGCUUCCUCAUCUGCAUGCUCCACAAGCUGGGCUUCGACAAAGAGAGCGUCUACGAUGAGCUCCGGCAGUGCAUCCGCAACUCACCUCAGUUCCGCUUUGACUGGUUCCUCAAAUCCCGGACUGCCAUGGAACUGCAGAGACGAUGUAACACUCUGAUCACACUGAUUGAGAGGGAGAACAUGGAGCUGGAGGAGAGAGAAAAGGCUGAGAAGAAGAAGCGGGGACCAAAGUCUGGCUCUGCACAGAAGCGAAAGGCAGAGGGGACCCCGGACGGACGAGGACGCAGAAAAAAGCUAAAGUUGUGA